UCUUCAUUAUAAAAACACAAAAACUAAAGCCGUCGUUUCAGAUUUCUUCUUGAAGAGAGAUAGAGAGAGAAGAGAAGAGUUACUACACGGUGAGGUUUGGAUCUAAAAUCGAUGGAGGUCGCUUUCCCAUCUUCACCGCCGGCGAAUUACAUCGGUGACGAAAGAUUAACAACAGAGAUUUCCAUGGGUUUCACCAAAUUAGGAUUCUCAGAAGAACAAGAAGAUAUUAAAAAACUCGAGAGAUCAUGGAGUCAACUUGAAGAAUCCGUCGAGUUCAACGACGAUGACGAAGAAGAAGAAGAUGAUGAAGAUGAAGAAGAAGAGUUCUCGUUUGCUUGUGUAAACGCGGAAGGAUCUCCGAUAACAGCAGCUGAAGCUUUCGAAGACGGUCAGAUCCGUCCUGUGUUUCCUCUGUUCAACCGUGACCUCCUCUUCGAUUACGAAAACGCCGAUCGCCAAAACGACGACGUUUCUUCGGUCACCGACGAUAACAGACCGCGUUUAAGAAAGCUAUUCGUCGAGGAUCGUAACGGUGACGGUAACGGCGAUGAGACGACGAAAGAAUCUUUGGGACCGUAUUGUUCUUGGUCAGGUGGAACGGUAGCGGAAGCGUCGCCGGAGACUUGCCGGAAAAGUAACUCGACGGGAUUCUCGAAGCUUUGGAGGUUUAGAGAUCUUGUUUUGAGAAGUAACAGUGAUGGAAGAGACGCGUUUGUUUUCUUAAAUAAUAACAACAACGACGUCGGUGACAACAAGACUCGGACUCAGCCAUCGUCGUCUACGGUAGUGGCGGAGAAGAAUAAGGGGAAGGAGAAAACGUCAACGUCUUCGUCGGCGUCGGAGAAGAAGAAGACGAAGAAGAUGGAGAAGUCGGCGCAUGAGAAGCUGUACAUGAGAAACAGAGCGAUGAAGGAAGAAGUGAAACACAGAUCGUAUCUUCCGUACAAACAAGUUGGUUUCUUCACUAAUGUGAAUGGUCUUAGCCGAAAUAUUCAUCCUUUCUGACUUGAUCAUUUCUCUUCUUAACCCCCCAAAAAAAAAAGUUUGUUUUUGGAUGAUUUUUUUGUUUGUUUUAUAAAAAAAAUAUAUAGAAAAAACCAACUUAGUAUGGAGUCCCUUACUGUUUUUAAGUAAAUUGGAUUUUGAUAUAAACAGCAAGGUGUACUGUUCUGAGUGUUAUGUGAAAAGCUUGGCUUGUAUUAAACCAUUCUGUAUGUAAAUGACUUACUAGUUAAGAGUUGGUAUAUGUAAUUAUGCAAAGACAUUGAAGAAUUAGUUGAAAGAAGUUUGUUCCAA